AUGAAUCUGUUUCGGCGCAAGAAAUCCAAGCUUGACGAACUGACCGAUGCCAGCACCAACCCUGGGGAAGCAACCGGGGCUCAAGCCCCGGCGGACGAUGCACGCCAAGCCCCGGACCAGAACAAGUCAGAUCAGCUUGAGUUCGUGCUUGAUAGUCUGGAAGACGAUCUCCAGGUCGCAGCCAGGACAAUCAAUAUUGCCGCGGACAAGGUUCAGGACCGGCUGGUCGGUCAAAUGGAUACGCUUGAGGCAAUCCGAAGCGAUACUCAAUUGCUUUCAGACCAAUCGGCCGUUGCAGAUGAAAACGCCUCAAACCUGGCGACAUCCAUCCGGGAACUGUCAGCCUCCAGCGGCGAGAUCGGAUCACAGGUCGGAGUUUCCAACCAACUCGCUGAUGAAGCGCGUGAAAUCGCAGAUCAGGCCAAUGAAGGCGUACUUGAACUCAAGGGCGCCAUUGAUGACAUUGCAAAUGUUGUCAGCCUUAUCUCGGACAUCGCAAAACAAACAAACCUGCUGGCCCUGAAUGCAACCAUCGAAGCUGCCCGUGCGGGAGAGGCAGGCAGAGGUUUUUCCGUGGUCGCAAGCGAGGUCAAGGCCCUGUCUGUCGAGACGCAAUCGGCAACGGAGCAGAUCGUCUCCAAUAUUGAAAAGCUGAACCUGUCCGCGGAACACAGCCUGGGUUCGGUCAACAGGAUCAUCGACAUAAUCGGAAAAAUCCGGCCGAGUUUUGCCACCGUCGAAGACGCGGUGCGCUCCCAGGUAAACACGACCAAUCUGAUCGGUGAACAAGCAAACAAGACCGCUGACUUUGCGCAGGAGGUGGUUCGCAAGGCACAGAUAAUCACCGAAAGCGCGGUCUCGGCAGAAGAAGGGGGCACACUGGCCCGCGAAUCCGGUGCGCAGAUGAGUGCCGCCAGCCGAUCGCUUCAGAACAGGUUCACAAUGAUGAUCCGGCAGACGGGACUCGGAAACAGGCGGCAGCACGACCGUCUGCCGGUCAAGAUCUCCGGGUCGGUCGCAAACGGCUCCGUGACAAGCCAGAUCGAAACUCUGGAUAUUUCAGAGGGCGGCCUUCUCUUCAAGGCAAACAGUGACCUUGACCUGAAGCAAAACGACACCGUUCAGCUCGAGCUCAAUGGACUUGGCAACGUCACCGCGAGACUGGUUGCCGUAUCGGACAACGGAUUUCACAGCUGUUUCCAGGAUCCCGAACCGGCCUUCGAGCAAGCCCUGCGUCGCAAGCUCGCCUCCAUUCACGAGAGCCACGCCCGCGAAGUGGACUGUGCACAAUCCGGCGCUUCAAGAAUAGAAAACGCCAUGCAGGAUCUUGUCUCGCGAAAUGUGCUGACCCUGGACGACCUGUUCGACACGGACUAUCAACCGAUUGAAGGAACGAAUCCGCAGCAGGUCUCAACGCGGGCAUUGCAGCAUCUGGAAAACGUGCUUCCGGAAAUCCAGGAAGACAUUCUCGCCAGUGGCACGGAACACGGCAUGGCAUUUUGUGCCUCUGUCGACCGAAACGGAUACCUGCCGGUUCACAAUUUGGUCUUUUCCAAUCCGCAGCGUCCCGACGAUCCUGUCUGGAAUACCGCCAAUUGCAGGAACAAACGGAUAUUCGACGAUCGUGCCGGUCUCAGUGCGGCACGCAACACGCGGCCCUUCCUUAUCCAGUCGUAUGCUCGGGACAUGGGUGGUGGCAAUAUCGUCUGGAUGAAGGAAAUCGACGCACCGAUCCUCGUCCAGGGCAGGCAUUGGGGCGGCUUCCGCACGGCCUAUAAACUUUAG